CGUAUCGAUACGGUAGCACGCCUUCCCUUUUGGGCACAAGGAACGAUAGCCAACCAUUACAUCAUAUCUCGUCCCGCACGCCUCUUUUGAGAUGUAAAGGAGUCCGAAUCUUCUAUCGAAAAAUCAGGGAAAAGAAGCAUGCCUUUGAUCAUCUCUUCAUCGAAUUCGCACCUCAUUGCUGUGGUUACAUUGAAAAUUGUCUCUUGAUCAGGUAGCAGAGGCCUAGGUCUUGUGUUCCCCUCGUCCUGGGGAAUUUAUGAGCAACUUGUCGCCAUACGAUAAUGCUUUUACCGCUGUUCAUCGCCAUGCUUCGGAACCCGUUCCGACCAUGCGAGGGUUCGCCGACGUUCCAAGAGAAUCAUCGCGUCAACUACGUACCGAACUUCAUCGACGCAGGGAACGGCCCCCAAAUGGUGGCACCAGACACGCCAUACGUGGCAGCGGCGGGCCACAACCAGCUGUACUUCAUCGACACCCGGUUCGAUCCUGAGACUGCAAAGCACAUCAAGGAGCAGAUUGAGUGGGCAAGUGUUUUGGCAGGCCCUGAAGACUUUAUCAAAAUCGACGAGAUUUCGGCUACGGCGGAAGUCAGAAAUGGUCCGACAAACGAAACACUGUUCGUCUUCGACCCCAGAUACGCCAGGGUGCUCUUUGCAAAAGGAAUCAACAAGCGCAACCCAGAGCUUCAACUGCCGGAGCAUGAGCCCGCUGGCGACUGGCUGGUGACAUACGAUAUCAUUAACCCGUUGACGAAGAGGACAGGGGCAUGCUGUGAUAAUGGCUGUAGCACUCGCAAAUAAUAUUAACAGCAGACCAAUGGCAACUAUGACCUCUGUGGCAGCUAUAGGGUUGACAGCGAGUGUGACUGUUGCCGUCGGCGUAUGCUAGCCGCUC